AUGCCUCCCAACACCGAGAUCCCCAGCAAGGAGCACCGUGAAAACAUCACUGCCCGUUUCUCCGACCUCAUUUCAACCAUUGAGUCUCACAAAAGCUGGACUCCUCCCAAUGUCGACCGCAGCCUCUUCCACGUCUGGGACUUUGUCAAGAGAUCUCACUAUACCAUGACCGAGCUAGACAACAUGGUCGCUGGCCGCCCACUAAAGCACCCUGAUCAGAUCCCCAAGAACGACGGCACCAGCACAGGUCCCGCAGCAGCCGCUGCCUCUUUCCACGACGUCCUUACACGUACCAUCAUGAUCAACCAGAGCAUUCAAGAUCCCCGCAUGCUUGUCAUGAUGGGCAUGUCCAACAUCGACUUUGGUCCUGCCAUCAAAGAAAAGUCAGCAGCCGUGAUGAAGGCUCUCACAGACUCUACAGAGAACCAGCCUUCAUCUUGA